CUUCCCUGAACAUCAUUCAUUCUUCACUCUUCAAUCGUAUUCAUUUGGUCUUGUCGCCGUCGGCUUGCCAACUGUAUCAGCCAGCAUCGGUUAGUCUUAGAGAUAAAGAGGGAAGUAUAAAGAAUGAUAUCAGCCAUUUCAUGGAUCCCUAAAGGGGCAGCAAAAGCUGAACCAGCGGUGGCUGAGUUACCUUCCAAAGAAGAAAUUGAAGAGAUGAUCAAGUCCGGUGCUCUAGAUAAAAGUGAAGAUAAUGGCAGUGAGGAUGAAGAUGAAAAUAUGGAUGCUGAAGCUGAGAAGCAAACCGGGGAUGUAGCUCAAGCACUUGCUGUGGCGGAUGCUUUAGGAAAAACUUCCAAGAACAAAUCAGGGUCACAAUUGGAAGAUCUUACAGAUGGGUUGAAGGAACUUGACAUGGAUAAUUAUGAUGACGAGGAUGAUGGUAUCGAGUUAUUUAGCAAGGGGCUUGGUGACCUUUACUACCCAGGCAAUGAAAUGGAUCCAUAUUUAAAGGAUGAGGAUGAUGAUGAUUCAGAAGAGAUUGAGGAUAUGACCAUUAGACCCAUGGAUUCUGUUAUAGUUUGUGCUCGCACUGAAGAUGAUGUUAGCCAUCUUGAGGUUUGGAUUUACGAGGAUUCAGAUGAAGGUGAUUCAAACAUGUAUGUUCACCAUGAUGUCAUCAUUUCGGCAUUUCCCCUUUGCACUGCAUGGCUUGACUGCCCACUUAGAGGGGGAGAAAAAGGGAAUUUUUUGGCUGUUGGUUCAAUGGAGCCAUCAAUAGAAAUAUGGGACCUGGACAUUAUCGAUGAAGUACAACCAUGUUUGGUAUUAGGUGGCACAGUGGUGAAGAAGACGAAGAAAGGAAAGAAGAAAUCUAAAUACAAGGAUGGCAGUCAUACUGGUGCGGUUCUUGGUCUAGCUUGGAACAAGGAAUACAGAAAUAUCCUUGCUAGUGCAAGUGCUGACAAACAAGUUAAGAUUUGGGAUGUUGCUGCUGGAAAAUGCAACAUAACAAUGGAACAUCAUGUCGGCAAGGUUCAAGCUGUUGCUUGGAAUCAUCAUGUGCCACAAGUUCUUCUUAGUGGAUCAUUUGAUCGUUCAGUUGUCAUGAAGGAUGGAAGAGUACCAACUCAUUCUGGCUUUAAAUGGUCCGUCUCUGCUGAGGUUGAAUGUUUGGCAUGGGAUCCCCACACUGAGUACUCAUUUGUGGUGAGUCUUGAAGAUGGUACAAUCAGAGGUUAUGACAUUCGAGCAGCCAAGCCUGAUCAAUCUUCCGAGUCCAAACCAAGUUUUACUCUCCAUGCUCAUGACAAAGCUGCUUGCACCAUUUCAUAUAAUCCUGCAGCACCAAAUCUGCUUGCGACUGGGUCCAUGGAUAAGACGGUAAAACUUUGGGAUUUGUCAAACAAUCAACCUUCGUGCAUUGCGUCCAAGAAUCCUAAAGCAGGAGCCAUCUUCUCCAUUUCCUUCUCACAAGAUAAUCCAUUUUUGCUGGCUAUUGGAGGCUCAAAGGGAAAAUUAGGAGUUUGGGAUACAUUAUCCGAGACCGCCAUAUCAGGAAAAUUUGGGAACAUCGCCAACAGCUGAACAAAACGAAAACAUAGCUGGUCAGUUGAAAUUUUUAUUGUUUCGGAGAGUUGGUAUGUAUAACGAGGAUGAGUAUGGAUGCAGGUGAAGCUUUUCAUAGUUUUGGGAUACAAUAUCAUGCUUUUAUUUUAGGGUAUAUAGCAAGUUUUUCCAGGUUGCUAUUAAUUUUUAUGCAGUUGUGAAAUUGUUAGAAAAUAUGAGGAACUGAAGGUGUUGCUUUGAAGCUGGAAGGAUCACUCUUUAAAGAGGAAAUGAAUGUGUUAUUUUGAAGCUGAAAGGAUC